CCUUCCUUACUGUUACAUUGUCACAUUGGGAUACUCUCCGCUGCCACCCUUCCUCCCUCACAGUCUCUGUCUGUCCUGCACUGUCUCUCUCUCUCUGUCUCUCUCACGUCCCCCACUGCCUGCAGCACUGAGUAUAUCCCCAGCUUCAACCCCAGCGUGCUGAAGGACUCUGCCUUGUCCACACACAAGCCAAUUGAGGUCAAGGGGCCUGGUGGCAAGGCUACCAUCAUCCACGCCCAGUACAACACCCCCAUUAGCAUGUACUCCCAGGACGCCAUCAUGGACGCCAUUGCUGGUCAGGCCCAGGCCAGGGGAAGCGACAUCUCAAGCGGUGGCGGUGCUGCCGGCUCUCCCCUGGCUACGCUCCCUGUUAAAGACCCUCUCGUAGACAGUGCUUCUCCAGUGUAUCAGGCUGUCGUCAAGAACCAGGAGAAGGGCGAGCUGGAUGACUGGGCUCGCCGUGCUGCCAACCUGCAGUCCAAGUCCUUCCGCGUCCUGGCUCACAUCACAGGAACGGAGUACAUGCAAGACCCAGACGAGGAUGCUCUGAGGAGAUCAAGGGAAAGGUUUGAAACAGAAGUAAAAGGCCCACGUUUUGCUAAAUUGAAAAACUGGCACCACGGCUUGUCUGCACAGAUCCUUAACAUUCAGGGUUAGGUGUGCAGCUGAGACAGGCAGGAGAUAUCAGAGGCAGGAACAGGAGGUAGAGGUGUGAAAGCAGAGUGUUUAGUACCUGUAAUAUGAGUUUAACAGUAGAGUAGCGAAAAAAGAAAAUAACAAAACCAGUUUCCUGAGUGCUUGUCCUCAUGUGUUAUGUGUUUCUGAUCUUGUAUCCCUCCGCUAUGUUAUAGCUCUCAGUUCUGUUCAUUCUAGACGCCAGUAUUUCUAUUUUUGGGCUGUUCCACUGAUUUCCAAAGCAAAUCGUUUGUUGCUGUACAACAAAAAGUAAUAGAAAUUGCCUGGCACUGUUGGAGGGCUGUAUUUUUCCUCUUCAGUCCAAUGAAUUGUAAUUUUAAUAAAAGAGACCCCACUUUGAAACCAAAACAAAGAUACAGAAGAUGUGUCACUUAUUUCCCCUUUGCUACUGUUGGACUUUGUCGAUACUGAGGGGUUCAGGUUUGUAAGGAAGAAUGGCUGCUCAAAACUUUUGAGAUCCAGUUUGGAGUCAAAUAAAUUUCUAGGUAAACUUGCUUCUGGUUUAAUUGGAAGUCUGUUACAUUACAAUGGCAUUGGAGGAAAGUAUUUGCAGUGGAGUCCACAGUAGUGCUCCAGUGAGCAUACGCUUCCCUACCAUGUUAACAUGAGCACCCUCAAGACUGGGAGGAAGCAAACUUCAUUCAGUAAUAAUAAUAAUAAAAAUAAUAAUAAUAAUAAUAAUUGCUUACACUUAUAUAGUGCUUUUCUGGACA